AUGCCCAGAAGUCAGAUUCUUACUCGGAAGGCGAGCUGGGGACAUGGCCUUGGCAUUUUCUGCAAAGUCAGGCUGAGAAGCUCUUAAAACCAGCGAGACUGGGUAAGGUGGUGGCAGUGAAUUGUCCCAGGAAAGAGGGAGGACUGACAGGGAAGGCGUCCUUGCCAAGCAGGAAGGGGACGCAAAACCAUCACUCGCCCCAGGGCCAGAGUCACGCAACAGCAAAGCACCGUGAAGACCCAGGGGGACAGGGAACUCCCAGCCUGGGGCCCUCUCCCUUUCAGGGCACUGUGCAAAACAGGCCACUCGUAUGAGCGCAGUGUCUCCAGUUUAUGAUUGGCAGAGGGAAGAGCAAAUCAAGUCGCGGACUCUGAAAGCAAAACACUGCAAGAUCCAGGCAGCACCGUGUUGGGGAAGGAAUUAAGGGGGCUGUGCCUUCGGUUGCGCGAAGAGUCAAAGUCAUUUCUCUGAAACCUCUGAUAGGUGGGCCUUGGAGGAAACGCCGCUGAGCACCGCAAGAUUUGGAAACGCGUUCCUGGGUGUCUGCUCCGGAAAGAGAGAAGUUGGCACUUCUCUGCGCGAAGAUGAGGAGAGGUCUGUAAAUCAGCCCGAAGAGCCCCGAAGCACAGUUCCGGUGUGAGACAGAGAUGGCUGGUCAGAGCAGGUGAACACCGUGAGGGGACACGGCUUCCCCUGACCCGCCUGCGCAGCCCCAGCUUCCGAGCCAGGCCUGCGGAAUGCGCCGUUAGACCACCAUGGACGGAGCCCACAGCGCGGCCCUGCACCUGGAGCAGGUCCCGCCCACCAGCAGCACCAGCCCCGCCAGCCAGGGCUCCUUCUCCUACAAGGAAAACCUGAUCGGCGCCCUUUUGGCAAUUUUCGGGCACCUUGUGGUCAGCAUUGCGCUUAACCUCCAGAAGUACUGCCACAUCCGGCUGGCAGGCUCCAAGGACCCCCGGGCCUAUUUCAAGACCAAGACAUGGUGGCUGGGCCUGUUCCUGAUGCUGCUGGGCGAGCUGGGCGUGUUCGCCUCCUAUGCCUUCGCCCCGCUCUCGCUGAUCGUGCCCCUCGGCGCAGUCUCCGUGAUAGCUAGCGCCAUCAUAGGAAUCAUAUUCAUCAAAGAAAAAUGGAAACCUAAGGACUUUCUGAGGCGCUACGUCUUGUCCUUCGUGGGCUGCGGUUUGGCUGUGGUGGGCACCUACCUGCUGGUGACAUUCGCACCCAACAGUCACGAGAAGAUGACCGGCGAGAACAUCACCAGGCACCUUGUGAGCUGGCCUUUUCUCCUGUACAUGCUCGUGGAGAUCAUUCUGUUCUGCUUGCUGCUGUACUUCUACAAGGAGAAGAAUGCCAACAACAUCAUCGUGAUUCUUCUCCUGGUGGCGUUACUCGGCUCGAUGACGGUGGUGACGGUGAAGGCAGUGGCCGGGAUGCUCGUCUUGUCCAUCCAGGGGAACCUGCAGCUCGACUACCCCAUCUUCUACGUGAUGCUCGUGUGCAUGGUGGCGACUGCUGUCUAUCAGGCCACGUUUUUAAGUCAAGCCUCGCAGAUGUACGACUCGUCUUUGAUUGCCAGUGUUGGCUACAUUCUGUCCACCACUGUCGCCAUCACCGCAGGCGCAGUGUUCUACCUGGACUUCAUCGGCGAGGAUGCGCUGCACAUCUGCAUGUUCGCGCUGGGGUGCCUCAUUGCAUUCUUCGGCGUCUUCUUAAUCACACGGAACAGGAAGAAGGCCAUUCCAUUUGAGCCCUAUAUUUCCAUGGACGCCAUGCCAGGUAUGCAGAAUAUGCAUGACAAGGGGACGGCAGUGCAGCCCGACCUCAAAGCUUCUUUUUCCUACGGGGCGCUGGAAAACAACGACAGCAUUUCCGAGAUCUAUGCUCCUGCCACACUGCCUGUCGUGCAGGAAGAACACGGCUCGAGGAGCGCCUCUGGCGUUCCCUACCGAGUCCUGGAACACACCAAGAAGGAGUGAGCCCGCCUCGAGGGGGACUUAACCUCCCCUCCACUUACAGCUGCUCAGGCCAGGCUGUCAGUGGUCCGACUCCUAGUUCUAAAACUUGCCUUUCAAGUCUAAUUUUUGUAAACCAGGAACUGUGUGGACAGGGAUCUUGAAAAGGCUUUGUCUUUGGCAGAGGAUGUUAUCUUGGUCUUGGGAAUUUCACACACUGGGGGUGAGGGGAGAGGACAGAAGCAGGACUCUGCGGGUGGAAGGGUGGUCCGCCUCUGCCUGGUUGGCCACGCCGGACUUGGAAAGCCUUCAUCAUCCUUGAGGUCAGUAACUGUGCUUCCUCAGUCACGGACCAAAGGCUUCCACGUUCCUCAGAGCUGAAGCGAGGCAGAGUCUGCUCUUCCUCUCCAAGUCCAGGGAGAGACUGGAGACCUUUAAGUCUCGCCUUUCCCCACCUCAUGUGCGGGCCUGACCUCUGCCCCUCUCACUUUUGCUUCCGUAUUUGUGAUAACAUUUGUGUGGCCUUCACAUAGCCCAGUGGGCCAGCCGUGGGUGGGACAUUCUGGCAUUCGCCGGUAGGAAAUGCACUUCUGCCUCCCAUAGUCUGCCCUCCCAGUGAAAAUGUGCUUGAUGUGUUUAUAGUGGAUCUGCUCUGAAAACUAACUUGAUUUUGGUUCUGUGAACUGUUUGCUUGCUCUCCCUCCCUGCCCCUAGAGGAAUCGGGAAGUUAAGAGAAGAAGGAUGAGAACAGGACAGGGGCAGAGCGACGUCGCUCCAGCCCGUAAGGGAGGGAGAUUCGCUCUCCAUCCUGCAGAAUGGGAUCACAUCACUUAAAAAGGGUAGACAGGAAGUCUGGCUGUUUUACAUGUAUCUUCCUGCACACCAGUGCCCUCUGGGAAGAUUGAGGCGUUGCUCACCUCCUUCCAUCCUCUUCACUAUAGAUCAGCAAACCAAGCUGGAGUCACUGGUUAAUGUCUUUGGAGUCAGCACAGACUGUUUGGGUCCCCAUCCCCAUGUAUACAUGUCUGGGAGACGCACACAAUCUCCGAAAUGGAGCUACGCAGGCUUCUUUCUGGCUGCAAACCUUCUUCCCCUAGACCGACUGUGCGUCUUCGAGAACUUGCAGGUAGAGGUUUGCAAACCUUAAUGAGCCUCAGGAUCCCCUAGAGAGUUUCCUUAAAAUGCAGAACCCUACACCCCAACCACAGAUACUCCAAGUGGGACUGGGGUAGGGCCCAAGAGUCUGCAUUCUUAACCAGCAGUACAGGUGGCUCCAAUGCCGGUAACCCACGGAUCACACACCUUGAAAGCCUAGUGUUCGGGAGGAUCUGCUUUAAACCCCCCAGGGCCCGACGAACUCCUACUGGAAGGUUGGAGUGACCAUUCCUUGUCUCCUUCCCAGGGUUCGUUAGGCAGGUCGUGCAACCCCUGAAGAAGCAGAGGCGGUUCUCCGUUCAUUGAUUACCACUUAGAGCUACACUUACUGCUUCCCACGCAGCCUUUAACUACCGGGCAAGAUAACAGUGUUAAGAGACCAGUGUUGAUAGAUCAUUAACCUUUAUGGAUUGUGCUUAAUACUGAUUUAGUACCUUGACUUCAAAAACUGACUGUUGCCUGUGGUAACACUUCUGUAUUGUAUCUCGGCCACUUCCGUACUGUCUCUUACAUGCCUAGGCAAGCAGCCGGCGAUGAAGGACCUUUUUCCCUUUAGGAUAGGUAUCAACUCCAUGCAACAAUAUUUAUGAGGCAUUCAUUCACUGUUUGUUAAGCAUCUGGAUGGUGAGAGCAAAAAGUAAGGAUGGUUCCUGCCCUCCAGGCCAGCAGCUGGGGGAGACACAAAUACCCAGGAGGGGAACCGGCAGGGAAACCAGCAGGCCAGGCCAAGUGCACUAGUGGACCACAGAUAAUGAGUUUUGGAGGCCCCGCUAAAGGUCAGGCCCAGAGCUGAGAAGGAGGGAUUCAAAGUGGAGGUGGUUUUGGCCCCAUUCCUUGAUGAGAGGCAAACUCAGCAAAGUUUGGGCAAAGCAUAGAAGGUUGAGUGGUCACCCCCACACCCACCCCCCAGGUGGAGGAACCAGCAUUUGCAAAGGCACAGAGGGAAAUCACAGGAAAGGGGAGCCAGGGAGGGGGUGGGAGAUGAGCCUGGAAAAGGAAGCGUUGGAAGCUGAAUCACAGAUGGCCUCAAAUGCCUGGUGAGGAGUUUAAAGUGACCCUAGAAGACGUGGGAGUCAUUGAUGGUUCUUGAGGAAGGGAAUGGCAGGAUCAACACCGAUUAGAAAGGAGGGACACUUAUGCAGUGUGGGGGAAGGAUCUGAAGUGCACAAUAAGUGCACUUUUCAAGGUCAAGCGGCAGUCCUGUAAGACAGAACACAAAAGGGGAAAUAAAAUCGUUUCAUUGCUGUUUGGGGGAUGAUGACAUCAACUGUACACUCACAUCCCUGAAUCCUGAUCUCCUCUCAUGGCUCUAACAUCCCCCAACCCUCUUGAAUGUUCUAAGCAACAUUAAAUAUCACGCCUCUUAUCUAUUUCCUAGCAGCCACGCAGUUACACUUGGGUUUAAAUUUUUCAGUCACUCUGUGGCCUUUCUCUCCCUACCCUUCUCCCCCCCUUGUUUAGAGGCUGGGAUUCUGGAUCCCCAAAUCAGAGAUCAGAACCAGCUCUUCACAGACUGGUUCCUGUGGGUUUUGACAAGAGCUCAGUGCCCCACUUCCUUUGACCCCCCUCCCAUGAGGCUCCAGGUCUGAUGACCCCAUCCCAUUAAGCUUCAGGUCAUGUGGGGGGCUCGGCAACAUGGAACUGCAUGCUGAGUAGGGAAGGGGGGGCUGGCAUCCCUUUACUUUUCUGGCGGAAACCAGCCAGCGGGGUGGUGUGUGGAUACCAGUCGCCCGUCCCGGUCGUGUUGGGAAGUCUCCACUCUGCAACCUUGUGAAUUCUACAUCUAGUCCAACACUGGCUGAUAAGCAAAAAAAAAAAAAAAAAAGAUUGUGUGUUUCUUUGAGAAGCUAUGUAAAUGAAGUCACCUUAGAACAUAUUCUAUGUGGAUGCUUAUAUUUUGUUAACUUCUUGACUAAUAUGGCAUGUCUUAUUUUUUCAAAAAAAAUGUGCGUGCUAGGUGCAAAUAAAAUUAUGAAGUGGUA